AAUGGAAUCUUGUACCAAGCAUGCUGUCGUGGUGAAAAUCAUGGGUCGUACUGGAUCGAGAGGACAGGUGACUCAGGUGAGAGUCAAGUUUCUUGACGACCAGAACAGGUUUAUCAUGAGAAACGUCAAAGGACCAGUCAGAGAGGGUGAUAUUCUCACCCUGUUGGAGUCUGAGAGGGAGGCCAGGAGAUUGCGCUGAGCGCAUAUUUAUGAAUGCCACAUCGAAAUUUCCUUGAAUACUUGAUACUGGCCGAGAUUUAGUCCCCCGGAUUUAAUAGUAUUCGGUUUUGUUUGCUUAGACUCGUAAAUUUGGACCUGUCGAUUUCGAGUUUAUAACCUUUAUUCGUGUAAUUUUGGUGCACUUCAAAGUUUUUGGAACAGUUUUAUGAUAAUAUUUUGCUAGCUUUUUCAUCAAUGAUGAUAACUAAUGGUUCUUA